CGAGCCAACGAACUCUAGCAGCUAGUAGCCAGUGAAUAUGUCUAGAACACAAGGAUACGGUGUAGUAGACGCCGAUGACGAGUUCGCUGGGGAUCUCGGUGGUCAGGCCGGUUCGAACCAGCUCGAGUUUCAAACUUUCCUGAAUACGAACACUGGCGGAAACCCAACCCGUAUCGAGGAUGAUCGACCGGGCACGAGCCCCCAGGUCCCGUUCUCAAUGUUCAACCUGACCUACUACCAAUCCUACUUUGAUGUCGACACCAAGACGGUCCUUCAACGAUGCUUAUCGUCGUUCAUUCCCAAGGAAUCGUUCGUCGAGGACGUAUGCGGUUCGAGGGUGGAUCUUUACGGCCCGUUCUGGAUCCUGACCACCCUCAUCCUCACAAUCUACCUCUCAACCUCCCUUUCCACCGCCUUAUCCGCCGGUAACACCACAUCAGACACCCCGACGGACAAGGACCUCACCCUCCUCACCUUCAUAACCACCCUGAUCUACCUCUACGGCCUAGCCUUCCCUGCGGCCUUUUGGGGGGUCGUCCGAUACUUGGCUUUGAAGACGGGUGGGAACGAGGGCGGAUCGGAAGGGGCUGCGGGGUGGAGUUUGCCCGAGGCCUGGGCGGUUUGGGGAUAUGGGAUGGUGGUCUGGGUGCCGAUUAGCGUCCUGUGUGUGAUCCCAAUCCCGAUUUUACGGUGGAUCCUCGUCGGGGCAGCAGGUUUGUCAUCGGGUUACUUCCUUGUUCGGAACGUUUACCCCGUGCUCUCAUCCAUCUCGGACGCCAAGCUGCCAAGAACGCUCAUCAUCGUCGUCAUCGUCGUACACGCCGUAGUGACGUUGAUCAUGAAGUACUCUGUCGGAGGCAAGAAGAUUGGUCCGGAUGACCCGAUCAGCGAUCACGUUGGGGAGAUCAUCGGAGGCGGUGACACUGGCGUUGGUAGUGGAGGUGACAAUGAGGUGGUCAAGAGGUGGUUCGGGUUGUGAUGCGAUUUGCUAUACGGGUUUGUGCUUUGCUAUAGAAUAGGUUCGUGGUGGUUCGCGAAGAGUCUACGGUCGAUGUUUCUUCCGGGGCCCGUUUCCUUCUCGUGGCUGAGCGAGCGAGGAGGAGGGGGUGACAUUCCAAACAAAAACAGAUCGACGUCGCAAGCAAGGACGACUUCGGCUGUUUCCUGUGGCCGAGUCUCAUCUCACUGAAUGACGAAUAGCAAGUACGGUUGGCACUUCUAGUAAAGCAGCAUCGUCGUAUAUUCCCCGUUGCAAUUCCCCCUACCUCCGUGAUCCCGUCGUAUUCGGGGACCAGGUCUGAGUUUAGCACAGCCUCGAGGCCAUUGUGGGGUGGUCACCACGAGAUCAAAGGAAUCAAAUCUCGUGCUC